UUCAUUAGCGUUCAGUCGUUACUUCCAAUUACACCAAGUUCAAGUUCCGACUUCCAACGUCUCUUUUUUCUUUCCUAGAUUCAGAUUCCACUCCGAUUCUGCAACAAAGGUGAGCUUGAUCAGGGUUGAAUCUAGCUGGAUUAUUUUUGACACUGCUCAUCCCGAAAUACUGCUUUCCACACUGUUGUAUCAUCGCCUCUACGAAAUUAAAUUUCUUUCUUGGCUCUGUUACUGAAUCAGUAGCUUUGCAACUUGCUCACUAUCAGCUGAUACGUGUUUUACAUAUCUUUUGAAGAAUAAUAGAUACUUCCACAAAGAAGAUUUUCCUGCAAUGGAUGUUGUCAGUGUCAUUCUGAAACCAGUUGUCGAGACACUUAUGGAACCUGUUAAGAAGCAUCUAGGCUACCUCAUUUACAGUACAAAACAUGUGAGGGAUAUGAGUAGCAAAAUGAGGGAGUUAAAUGCAGCAAGACAUGCCGAAGAAGACCACUUGGACAGGAACACUAGAACUCGUCUUGAGAUUUCAUCUCAGGUUAGGAGUUGGUUGGAAGAAGUGGAAAAGAUCAAUGCAAAAGUACAAACCGUUCCUAGUGAUGCCGUUGCUUGUUGCAGUCUCAAGAUUAGACACACAGUUGGAAGGGAAGCCUUCAAGCUAAUUGAGAAGAUUGAAAGUGCCACAAGACAACACUCUUUGAUCACAUGGACUGAUCAGCCCAUUCCUUUGGGAAAAGUUGAUACCAUGAAGGCUUCCUCCUCCACACCAUCAAGUGAUCACGAUGACUUUCAGUCAAGAGAAAAAACUUUUAUUCAAGCACUGAAAGCACUUGAACCAAACAACACAUCCCAUAUGAUAGCGUUAUGUGGGAUGGGCGGAGUGGGGAAGACCACAAUGAUGCAAAGGCUGAAAAAGGUUGCCAAAGAAAAUAGAAUGUUCAGUUACAUUGUUGAGGCAGUUAUCGGGGAAAAAACAGACCCCAUUGCUAUUCAACAAGCUGUAGCAGAUUACCUUCGUAUAGAGUUAAAAGAAAGCACUAAACCAGCAAGAGCUGAUAAGCUUCGUGAAUGGUUCAAGGCCAACUCUGGAGAAGGUAAGAAUAAGUUCCUUGUAAUACUUGAUGAUGUCUGGCAGUCCGUUGAUCCGGAAGAUAUUGGUUUAAGUCCUUUUCCAAAUCAAGGUGUCGACUUCAAGGUCUUGUUGACUUCACGAGACGAACACAUUUGCACAUUGAUGGGGGUUAAAGCUAAUUCAGUUAUUAAUGUGGGACUUCUAACUGAAGCAGAAGCACAAAGUCUGUUCCAGCAAUUUGUAGAAACUUCUGAGCCCGAGCUCUGUAAGAUAGGAGAAGUUAUCGUAAGAAAGUGUUGCGGUCUACCUAUUGCCAUCAAAACCUUGGCGUGUACUCUAAGAAAUAAAAGAAAGGAUGCAUGGAAGGAUGCACUUUCACGUAUAGAGCACUAUGACAUUCGUAGUGUUGCCCCUAAAGUCUUUGAAACGAGCUACCACAAUCUCCAAGACGAGGAGACUAAAUCCAUUUUUUUAAUGUGUGGUUUGUUUCCUGAAGACUUCAAUAUUCCUACCGAGGAGUUGAUGAGGUAUGGAUGGGGCUUAAAGAUAUUUGAUAGAGUUUAUACAAUUAGAGAAGCAAGAAAUAGGCUCAACACCUGUAUUGAGCGGCUGGUGCAGACAAAUUUGUUAAGUGAAAGUGAUGAUGAUGUGCACGUCAAGAUGCAUGAUCUGGUUCGUGCUUUUGUUUUGGGUAUGUAUUCUGAAGUUGAGCAUGCUUCAAUUGUCAACCAUGGUAAUAUGCCUAGGUGGACUGAAAAUGAUAUAACUGACUCUUGCAAAACAAUUUCAUUAACAUGCAAGAGCAUGUCAGAGUUUCCAAGAGACCUCAAGUUUCCAAACCUAACGAUUUUGAAACUUAUGCAUGGAGAUAAGUUGCUAAUAUUUCCUCAAGACUUUUAUGAAGGAAUGAAAAAGCUUCGGGUUAUAUCAUACGAUGAAAUGAAGUAUCCAUUGCUUUCCUCAUUACCUCAAUGCUGCACCAACCUUCGAGUGCUUCACCUCCAUCGAUGCUCGUUGAUGAUGUUUGAUUACUCUUGUAUUGGAAAUAUGUUGAAUCUGGAAGUGCUCAGCUUUGCUAAAUCUGGCAUUAAAUGGUUAUGUUCCACAAUCGGAAAUUUAAAGAAGCUAAGGCUACUUGAUCUGAGAUGUUGUCAUGGUCUUCGUAUAGAAAAGGGUGUCUUGAAAAAUUUGGUCAAACUGGAAGAACUUUAUAUUGGAAAUGCGUCUGGGUUUACAGAUGAUAACUGCAAUGAGAUGGAGGAGAUUUCAAACCGCCUUUCUGCAUUAGAAUUUGAGUUCUUUAAUAACAAGGCUCAAGUGAAGAAUAUGUCAUUUGAGAACCUUGAACGAUUCAAGAUCUCAGUGGGGCGCUCUUUGGAUGGAAAUAUCAGUAAGAGUAGCCACUCAUAUGAGAACACGUUGCAAUUGGUAACCAACAAAGCUGAAAUAUCAGACUUUAAACUUAAUAAGUUGUUUGUGAAAACAGAGGUGCUUUGUUUAAGUGUAGAUGGUAUGGAUGAUCUUGAAGAUGUUGAGGUGAAUUUGACACGUCCUCCUCAAUCCACUUCAUUCUUCAAUUUAAGAGUCCUUGUCGUUUCUAGGUGUGCAGUCUUGAGAUACCUUUUUAAACUCCCUGUUGCAAACACUUUGUCAAAUCUUGAGCGUCUGGAAGUUUGCGAAUGCGAUAAUAUGGAAGAGCUCAUACAUAAUGGGACUGGGGGUAGUGGAAAAGAGAAAAUUAUGUUCCCCAAGCUGAAGUUUUUAUCUUUGCAUGAACUACCGAAGCUAUUAGGCUUGUGCCAUACUGUCAACAUAAUUGAGCUACCUCAACUCAUAGAGUUGCAAAUUAAGAGCAUUCCAGGUCUCACUGUCAUUUAUCCGCAGAACAAGUUGGAAACAUCUAGUUUCUUGAAGGAAGAGUUUGUGAUUCCUAAGUUGGAGACACUUCAAAUUGAUGACAUGGAGAAUUUAAAGGAAAUAUGGCCUUAUGAACUUAAUAGAGGUAAGAAAGUUAAGUUGAGAGAGAUUGAAGUGAGAAAUUGUGAUAAACUUGUGAAUCUAUUUCCAUACAACCCCAUGUCUCUGUUGCAUCAUCUUGAAGAGCUUGAAGUCAUGAAUUGCGGUUCCAUCGAGUCAUUAUUCAACAUCUACUUGGAUUGUGCUAGUGUAAUUGGAGAAGAAGACAACAUGAGCAGUUUAAGAAGCAUCAAAGUGAAGAACUCAGGGAAGCUAAAAGAGGUGUGGAGGAUAAAAGAUGCAUAUAACUCUCAUCCCCUCGUCCGUGGCUUUCAAGCAGUUGAAAGCAUAAAGAUUGAACGCUGUGAGAGUUUUAGAAAUGUAUUCACUCCUACCACCACCAAUUUUGAUCUGGGAGCCCUUUUGGAGAUUUUCAUUGAGCGCGGAGAAAACCAGGGAAACGACAAAUCGGAAGAGAGUAGCCAAGAGAAAGAGCAGACUGAAAUUCUGUUAGAGGAAGAGACAUUACAAGAAGUCACGGAUACUAAUAUUUCUAAUGAUGUCGUAUUAUUCCCAUCCAGUCUCAUACACUCUUUUCAUAGCCUCCGUAAAGUUUCAUUGGAUAAAUAUGAAGGAGUGGAGGUAGUGUUUGAGAUAGGGAGUCCAACAAGUAGAGAAUUAGUAACAACUCACCGUAACCAACAACAGCCUAUACUUCCCAACCUCGAGGAAUUGGAUCUAAGUUAUAUGGACAACAUGAGUCACUUGUGGAAGUGCAACUGGAAUAAAUUCUUCACUCUUCCAAAACAACAAUCAGAAUCCCCAUUCCACAACCUCACAAUCAUACAUAUUAGGUAUUGCAAAAACAUCAAGUACUUGUUUUCACCUCUCAUGGCAGAACUUCUUUCCAACCUAAAGAAAGUGUAUAUAGAAAAUUGUGAUGGUAUUGAAGAAGUUGUUUCAAACAGAAAUGAUGAGGAUGAAGGAAUGACGAAAUCUACCCGCUCAAGCACCACUUUGUUCCCUCAUCUUGAUUCUCUCACUCUAAGAUGCAUGAACAAUCUUAAGUGUAUUGGUGGAGGUGGUGCCAAGGAUGAGGUGAGCAAUGAUAUAUCUUUCAACAAUACCGCUACAACUACUGCUUUUCUCCAUCAAUAUGAGUUGUGUCAAGAAGGCGGUGUUUCUUGGAGCUUAUGCCAAUACUCUAGAGAGAUAACAAUAGAAAACUGCCCUGCAUUGUCAAGUGUGAUUCCAUGUUAUGCAGCAGGACAAAUGCAAAAGCUUCAAGUGCUGAAAAUAACAUCUUGUGAUGGGAUGAAGGAGGUAUUUGAAACUCAAUUAGGGAUGAACAACAACAGCAACAAGAGUGGUUGUGAUGGUGGAAUUUCAAGAGCAAAUAACAUUGUUAUGCUUCCCAAUCUAAAUAUAUUGCAUAUUGGAUAUUGUGGGGGUUUGGAGCAUAUAUUCACAUUCCCUGCAGUUGUUGAAAGCCUGAGACAACUCCAAGAGUUAAUGAUAUAUGGUUGUUUUUCAAUGAAAGUGAUUGUGAAGAAGGAAGAAGAUGCAUCACCAUCAUCAUCGAAGGAGGUUGUGGUGUUUCCUAGUCUGAAAUCCAUUGAACUAGUGGGUCUACCAGAGCUGGAGGGUUUCUUCUUGGGGAUGAAUGAUUUCCGGUUGCCUUCAUUGGAAGAAGUUACCAUCAAGUAUUGCCCCAAAAUGAUGGUGUUUGCACCUGGUGGGUCCACAGCUCCCCAACUCAAGUAUAUACACACAGAAUUAGGCAAAUAUAGUCUUGGUGAAUCUGGCCUUAACUUUCAUGUUGCACAUCAUCAGACCCCAUUCCCGAGUUUACACGGUGCAAUCUCGUCCCCUGCGACUUCAGAAGUGAUGCCUUGGUCUUUUCAUAACUUGAUUGAAUUAGAUGUGAAAUUUAAUCAUGAUGUUGAAAAGAUUAUUCCAUCCAGUGAGUUUCUGCAACUGCAAAAGCUGGAAAAGAUAACUGUACACUUAUGUUCUAAGUUAGAGGAGGUAUUUGAAACUGCAUUGAAAGAAGCAGGGAGAAAUAGAAAUAGUAGUGUAAGUGGUUUUGAUGAAUCAUCACAAACUACUACUACUUUUGUCAAUCUUCUAAACCUAAAACAAGUGGAGUUAAUAUAUCUCUAUGAUCUGAGGUAUAUAUGGAAGAGCAAUCAGUGGACAACAUUUGAGUUUCCAAACCUAACAAGAGUUGCAAUGAAUGGGUGCUCAAGGUUAGAACAUGUAUUUACUACUUCCAUGGUUGGUAGUCUAUUGCAACUCCAAGAGAUAUACAUAUAUGACUGCAAACUUAUGGAGGGGGUCAUUGUUAAGGAAGCAAAUGUUGCUGUAGAAGCAGAAGAAGAAUCUAAUGGCAAGAGGAAUGAGAUUGUGUUACCUUGUCUAAGGUCCAUAACACUUAGUUUGCUUCCAUGUCUUAAGGGGUUUAGCUUGGGGAAGGAGGAUUUUUCAUUCCCAUUAUUGGAUACUUUGAGAAUCAACUUCUGCCCAGCAAUAACUACUUUCACCAAGGGAAAUUCCUCUACCCCACAUCUAAAAGAAAUAGAAACAAGAUUUAGUAAACUGAACUCUUUAAUUAACUACCAUUUCUUAAUAACUCAAUAUCAAGCUAAACUCCGUCUCUAAUUGAAAAUAAUCCACAUCUUAAUUAAGGUGUCUUUUAUUUUUGCAUAGGAGCCCAUAGCAUCUUUUUAAAAUUUAUUUGAAGGUGAAAGAUCCAACUAUUUUAAAUCGUUAAAUGUUCCUUGAAGAAAUUAUCUAAAAUCAAAUAAACUUCUUCAAAUCCAAAAUUAUAAGAGAGAAAUGUGAAUGGAUGUGGAAUUAUAAAUCAUUAACACAAUUAUGUACUCGCGUUACUAAUUACAUUUUCUUGUUGUGAUAUAUGUGUGCAGACUGAUAUUCUGUCAGAGGAAGAGACAUUACAAGAAGUCAGUGAUAUUAAUAUUUCUAAUGUUGCAUUCCCAUCCUUUCUCAUACCCUCUUUUCAU